AAGGAGAGUUGUCUCGGAAGUUGCGCAGCCGCAGUCGGCGGGGCUGAGGUCAUAAUGAUUAAAAUGGCGACGCCGCAGUUGGUGGGGUUACCGGCUUCUCUUACGGGCAAGAUCAAGGGAUCUUUUGCAUAUAAUACCAUUAAAGACAGGCUGCCUCUUAUCCUGACUCGUGUUAUUGAUACUUUACAUCGACAUAAACAUGAGUUCUUUGAAGAACAUGGAGAAAAAGGCAUUGAAGCAGAAAAGAAAGCUAUAGGCUAUCUUUCCAAGUUGCGGAAUGAGUUGCAGACAGACAAGCCGCUGAUUGCAUUGAAUGAUAAUCUCCCUGAUACCCCUCUGUGGAACCAGUACUUAGAAUAUCAUAAAAAUGUAUCAAAUGAACCACCAAGCUGGUUUCAAUCUCCUUGGUUGUAUACAGAGUGUUACAUGUUUCGUAGAAUUCAUGAAGCUGUUAUUCAGAGUCCACCCAUCGGCAACUUUGAUGUAUUUAAAGAAGAAAAGAAUCAUGCUUUUUUUGAAUCUCAGCAAGCCAUGAUUGUUUUAUGUUCUUGUCUCCAAGAGAUGUUGAAAAAUACAGAUGGCUUAGAUGAAAAACGUUUGAAAGAGGAAUUUUGUAACCUAAUUCAGGUUUCAUUAUGGGGCAAUAAGUGUGAUCUAUCCAUUUCAGCCGGGGCAGAUAAUUCUCAGAAGUCUGACCCAUUACAAUCUGUGGAAGAAUUUAAAAAAUUCAUCUUGGUGGAUCACAUGGAAAAACUUUGGUCACUGCUUAUAAACAAAAAGAAAAACAAAACACCAACUAGACUUGACAUAGUCCUGGAUAAUGCUGGCUUUGAACUUAUUACUGAUCUUGUUUUGGCUGAUUUUUUGAUAUCCUCAGAAUUGGUUACUGAAAUUAAUUUUCAUGGAAAAAAUAUUCCAUGGUAUGUGUCAGAUACUACAAAACGUGACCUGGAUUGGACAAUUGGACAGAUGAAGGCAGCUAAUCAUAAAUGGAUGGCUAGAUGUGGUGUCUCCUGGGAGGGCUAUCUGAAAAAUGGUGUUUGGAUUUAUCAUGAUCACACGUUCUGGACUUUGCCACAUGAAUUUUCUAGUAUGGCUCAGAUUGCUCCAGAUUUAUACACUGAAUUACAGAAAUCAAGCUUAAUUAUUUUCAAAGGUGAUUUGAACUAUAGAAAGUUAACAGGUGAUCGAAAGUGGGAAUUCACAGUGCCAUUCCAUCAAGCCUUGAACAAUUUUCAGCCUGCACCACUCUGUAGCUUAAGAACAUUGAAAUCUGAUACUCAGGUUGGUUUGAAACCUGGGCAAGGUGAACAGCUCAUGAAUAUUGACCCUGAGUGGAUGAUAACUGGUAAAUAUGGAAUAAUUCAGUUUGAUGCUACUUCCUGAUAGUUUUGCAAAGUAUGAAGAAUGGCACUGUGCUAAAAACCGAUUAAUGGUCUAAUUUGGAAGGCCACUGAUUUUCAGUGUGCACUACUAUUUUCUUCCAUGAGCCAUGCUGUUAUUUUAAAGUGGUAUGCAAUUGUGACCUCUUUUAAAUCAUCAGAAAAGAUCAAAUUUGUCCUCUACUGUACUUUAUUUUUAACUAAUAUAAAACAAGAAACAACAGCCAAAGCUAUUACAUUAGUUGACAUGUGUUUGACUCUGCUGUGUUAACAAAAAACACAAUGCUGCUUGAGCUUAAUCUUGUUCAGAAAAAAAGGAUGUUAAAUAAAAUGACUUCUCAAAUGGCAAAACUAAAGGCUUUGAAUUAAAUUAUCCAAUAUGAGAACUGCAUGCGUUGUUGCACAGUAUUAAAAAGAAAUAAUCCAGUCGUGAGUGCCCUUGUCUCGUCAGGCUUGCUGUACCAAUUAACACUGCAGGCAAACUGUGAUCAGAGACAGCAGACUUUGUCAUGAUAGACUAUCUGUCAAGGUGGUGGGACUACAUCUUCACAUCUGCCUGCUUCUCAUGCUCAUUUAUAUUAUUAAUGACAUGAGAAGGGUAAAAAAAUUCGAAAUGAGUCCCAGAAAUGAGGGAAUGGGAGGAAGGGGAGGGGAGCGAGGGAAGGAAGGGAAGGAAUCAUCGUUAACAGUCAUGGGGGAUAUCUAUUUAUACAUUGGACUGUUCAAUUGUCAAUUCUGUGUCAACAAUUUAGAGACUCUAAUUAUCAACUGCAAACCUUACUAUUCACCUCGUGAAUUUUCCUCAUUUCUUCUAAUUGCUGUUUAUGUCCCACCACAAGCCUGUGUAAACAAGGCAUUACGAACUCUAGCUGACCAAAUCAUGGAGGCUGAAGCCAAACACCCUGAUUCACUGGCCAUUGUUUUGGGAGAUCUAAACAAGGCAAACUUAAGGAAAGAGCUACCAAAAUACUUUCAGCAUGUCAAUUGUCCCACCAGAGGCAAGAAUACUCUAGACCAUUGCUACACAACACUAAAAGAUGCCUAUCGGUC